AAAAUAUAUGAAAUCAUUUUCACAAAAGGGCCUCUCCUUUUAGAACCUCACAAGUAAGAGGAAAUGGCCAUAGCAUUACAAUUACCAGGGCUGGCUUUUGCCGCAUUGAUCUUGGCAGCUGCAACGUCCGCCUCAUCCGCAGAUGCACUAGUGACAUUUGUCUUUGGUGACUCCUUAACAGAAGUUGGAAACAACAAUUAUAUGCAAUAUUCACUUGCAAAAUCAAAUUACCCUUGGUAUGGUGUUGACUACGCUGGUGGGCAGGCCACCGGAAGAUUCACAAAUGGGAGGACAAUUGGUGACAUUAUAUCGGAAAAGCUUGGGAUUUCAUCACCACCACCUUAUCUGUCUUUGUCACAAAACGAUGAUGCUCUCCUUAAAGGGGUGAAUUAUGCAUCCGGUGGAGCCGGAAUUCUCAAUGACACUGGACUUUAUUUUAUACAGAGAUUGUCCUUCGAUGAUCAAAUAAAUAACUUCGCAACGACGACGCAGAAAAUCAAGUCUAAAAUAGGAGAAGUGGCUGCCAACAAGCUUUGCAAUGAAGCCACGUACUUCAUUGGAAUCGGAAGCAAUGAUUAUGUCAACAAUUUCUUGCAACCCUUUUUACAAGACGGUCAGCAGUACACGCAUGACGAAUUUAUGGAACUAUUGAUCUCCACCUUUGACCUACAAUUAUCUAGACUGUAUCAACUCGGUGCGCGAAAGAUGAUCAUUCAUGAUCUUGGCCCACUCGGCUGCAUUCCCUCUCAGAGGGUAAAAUCAAAGAAAGGCCAAUGCUUAACGAGAGUAAAUCAAUGGAUUCAGGAAUUCAACUACAAAGCACAAAACCUAGUAGCCUCUCUAAACGGGCGCCUCCCAAAUGCAAAACUAAUAUUUGCAGAUACAUAUCCAGCAGUUCUGGAUUUGAUCGAUAAUCCCACCACAUAUGGAUUUAAGAUUUCCAAUACAUCGUGUUGCAAGGUUGACUCGAACAUCGGGGGGCUAUGCUUGCCUAACUCCAAGAUGUGCAGCAAUCGCAGUGAAUAUGUAUUCUGGGAUGCAUUCCAUCCCACGGACAAAGCAAACGCAGUGCUUGCCGAAAAGCUUUUUUCCAGCCUAUUUUCUGCUGCUCUCUCCCCUGCACCGGCUCCGUUGCCCUGAUUUGUAUCUCAAUAUAAAUGAAAUAACACUAAAUGAAUUAUAGAGCUCCAUGCCCUUAAUGCAGAGAGAGCUAAUAUAUAUAUAUAUAUCUUUUAUUCAAA